AUGCUGCUGAGAACGGCUCAAAUCGUCGCUGCUCCAGCUACAGAUCUGAGCUGCGGCGCCUUGAGUGUCGUUGACCUUAGUAGUGACGUUCAGUUCGCCACUGCGCAGUGGCCGAUGUCCCUGCUUGUUCUUGUAAGGAAAACGCGAAGUGUUGGCAGAGAUUCUCAGUUCUGGGAGGUUCUCACUCUUAUUGGGCUUAGUCGACGCUCCAAUGCCACAAACUAUGUGUUGCAAUCUGGUUUUUUCAACACUUUCUUCUGGUUUUAUGCUCAAUUGCAGAGGAUAGAUUGUGGUGUUUUGGAUCGAAACCAAUUUUAUGCUAUUGUGUCAGAGAGUGAAAAUAUCUUCGUUACAACUGUGGCACUACCUCCUUCUCUCCAGCGUCGUUGA